CCAAGUUCACGCCGUCCAGCACGAUGCAACGUUACCACCAUUGGACAAUGUCCACUGAAGAUGCAACGUAACCAUCAUUGCAGCGUCCAGCUUGUAGCCGCCCUGGCUUUGGCAGCGAGCCUGGGGGGGGGGCAAGCGGAACCAGGCGCCGCGGAAUUGGCGAGCCCGCGCACAAGGCCUGCAGCCGAAGUCCUGUGGACCGCACACGUUCUAUGGGAGGAGACGACGACAACCCCAAGCGAAGCAAAGUGUUAGCUGUCGCUGCAUCCAUCUUGCUGUUCAUCCUCGCGGGCCCCCUGCUCGUCAUCGUGAACAAGAAGAUACUGCGUGACAAUGGCCUGCACCUUCCGGCGUUUGUCUCCGCCAUGGGCAUCCUCUUCACAUCGAUAUUCACGCACUGUGCAGUCGCGUGCGGGUACGUGACAGUGAAAGAUAACGAGCACGGUAUGUGGAGGCUGCUUCCCGUGGGCCUCAGCUCCGCUGGGACUUUCAUGUUCGGAAACAUGGCCUACGUGUACCUAGAUGCUGGGUUUAUACAGAUGCUCAAAGCUGGAACUCCAGCGCUGCUCAUGAUGAUGCUGGCUGCGUUUAAGGUGGAGAAGAUUUCGAUGCAGUCUGGUGGUUUUAUCAUCCUCAUGGUAGUUGGUGGCAUGGUGUCUGCGCAGGCCUCCCCAACACUAAGCAUCCUGGGGCUGGGUAUCAUGCUUCUCUCCGAGAUCUUUGAAGGCGCCCGCUGCGUCGUCACGCAGCUGUUCCUCCAGAAGCUCAACUUCUCUGUGUGGGACGCUGGUUACCACAUGGCCCCACUCACUGCCGCCUGCUGCCUGCUAUUGUCGGCCGCUACCGAAUGGCCAGUUCUCAUCAGGGAUGGCAACUUUCCGUUGUUCACGAGCCAGUUGCCACUCUUGUUUGUCAGCGGCUGCAUCGGCAUCGCUGUGAAUUUCGCCUCGUUCCUUGUUAUAAAAUUAACCUCCAGCCUCUUGACGAAGCUGCUCGUGGCAGCCAGGAACGCUGGGCUCGUAUUGUUUUUCAUCGCGGGCGGGGAGCCAGUAUCACGCACCCAGAUGAUAGGCUACGGGAUAACACUGGUUGCUUUCACGGGCUACUCCGUCGAGAAGGUGUUGGCGGGGCAGCGACUCAAGAAGUUGUCGCCGUCUGGCGAGAAGAGCCCUGUCUAAACGAGUGUAAAGACAUCGAUUUUGUGGCGUGCCUUGCUUCAGAAGCCGCAGACGUGCUUUCUCCAUGAGGCCAACAGUGAGGUUCCUCGUGGCGACGGCAGAAGCCGUACACGCGUGUUUUCCAUGAGACCCAGCGGCGAAGACAUCAUUCGACCAUUUGCCACUGCUUCAAAGGCCGCCCCAGCCGAGGCUUCUUUCUAGAAAAAAGUGUGUUCUGGCAUUGCACGCCGCUUGUCCACUGUUUCAUAUUCGUUUUAUCCAUUCAGCCCCUAUCCUUCUAUUCAGAUUGUUCUAGAGCGUCAGCUCUGGACGUGUGCGUCAUCGUCCUAAUCUUCUG